AGCUUCACAUAGGUCAAAACCACCUACCCACGAAAACAACCCCAAACCAUCCCGACUAACGUUACGUUCAACGGUGUUGCAUUUAUAUCGUCUACCCAUCGGAAUAAAAGGGAACCUAAAACGAUUUAUUUUGAAAUUAAGAAUAUUUUUCAUGUAAUAAUGUACGCCGGAUAGCUACGCCACAUUCCUCUGAUAGCUACAAGUCGCCAAUGUGAUGUUAUAUGCGGAAAGAGGCAUACGGGAACCCCAUUGAAGUAAUGAGGUGAAGAAGCACAAAGCAGGCUAAAGCAGCUGGCUACUAGCUACCUUCCAUACUCUACUAAGUCUGAGACUGGGUCCUCCGGGUGUCUCCAUCCAAUGCUCCUGAAGCGCCAUGAGCCACAGCUGGGGACAAUUUACUACUCCAUAGACUGCCAUAUCUCCUGCAGCCUUUCCCUCUCUGUCCUCGGGCCCCCCCUGGCCCCUUCCCCCCUUCCCCAUUGGCCGAGAUGAAGAAGGUGGGGCAGUGGUCGGCGGAGGAGGUGUCCCAUUGGCUGAGCGAGGAGGGGAUGCAGGAGUAUGGCGACUCCCUCCAGCAGGCGGACGGCCCCGUCCUGCUGCGGCUCACCCCGGAUGACUUCCUGACCCCGCCCCUCUCACUGGUCUCCUCAGACAAUGGGCGGCAGCUCUUGGAACGGUUGGAGACCCUACGGAUCGAGCAUCACAUUGAGGAGCACCAAAAAAAUGGCCACGCCAAUGGCCAUGGGAGGCUGCCCAACGGCACUGCCAAGCCCCUGCGGAAAGGUUCACUGGGGCUUAAUGGCUUCCGGAAGGAGAUGGUCCAAAUCCCCAUCCCCAUGUUGGAGCCUGAACGCUCUGGGUUCCCCCAGGAGUGGGGCAAGACAGGCGUAGCGUUCCUCUACGCAGUCUGCUGCUUUGUCACUACCACCGUGGUCAUCUCGGUGGUCCAUGAGAGGGUGCCGGCCAAGGAGCAUACCCCACCGCUGCCCGAUAAGUUCUUUGACAUUUUUGACCGGGUGGAGUGGGCCUUCUCUAUCUGCGAGAUCAAUGGCAUGCUGCUGGUGAGUCUGUGGCUGCUGCAGUGGACCCUGCUCAAGUACAGAUCAAUAAUCAUCCGUCGGUUCUUCUUCAUUGUGGGUACCCUCUACCUGUACAGAUGUGUCACCAUGUACAUAACCACUCUGCCUGUUCCAGGGAUGCACUUCCAAUGCUCUCCAAAGCUAUUUGGGAACUGGGAGGUUCAGAUGAGGAGGAUCAUAAAGCUGAUCGCCGGCGGAGGCCUGUCAAUCACCGGCUCCCACACCAUGUGUGGAGACUACCUGUACAGCGGCCACACAGUCAUUCUAACACUAUCAUAUCUCUUUAUCAAAGAGUAUUCCCCUAAGAGGUUUUGGUGGUACCACUGGUUCUGCUGGACUCUGAGUGCAGUAGGCAUCUUCUGCAUCCUGCUGGCCCAUGACCACUAUACUGUGGACGUGGUGGUGGCUUAUUUCAUCACAACACGUCUCUUCUGGUGGUACCACACCAUGGCCAACCAGCAGGCGCUGAAAGAGACGUCCCAGAGUAACCCAUUCUCCAGAGUCUGGUGGUUUCGACUGUUCCAGUACUUUGAGGGAAACGUCAAGGGCAUUGUCCCUCGAAAUUAUCAGCUGCCGUGUUCAUGGCGAUCGUCUCCGUGGAGCCAUGGGGUAAAGUACAGCAAAGUGGACACCCAGUGACCCAGGUCACGUGAGGGGUGGGAGCUGAGCGAGAGACCUCCUGAAGUUGUGAUCGUCUGAAGGAGAUGGUGUCGUGUUGCCAAGCCAGUGCUGUUCCCUUGACUUGUUGGGCUCAUUUUAGAAAAAUCCCAGUUCUGGCUAGCACUGUGACCAUAGUCUUACUUUAGCACUACAAAUAAAUUUAUUUUGGGAAAGGUUUUUGAAAACUUAGCACACUACUUUGAUCAUGUAUUUUUUGCUUGGGACACUUUGCAAUGUUUCGUUGACUACAGCAGAUCUGGUUAAUAUUUAAAUAUUAUAUUUCGAUUAUUUUUGUUUUUUUGUUUUGACCAUGGCUGUAACAAGUAGUUUAGACUCUUUUCCUCUGCAAAUAAUUUGAGAAAUUCUGGUCCGAUAAGGUCUACCAAGUGCAAAACAUGUCACUGAAAUGUUUAUUUGAUAACCAAAAUGCCAUACGUUGUCUGGGGGAGUUUUAGAUGCAAAACAUUUUUUUCUUUUUUAACAAAUUACUUUUUUGUCAACUACGUGGCAAUGGUGCAAAAAAAGUUUUUUUCUAACAAUUGCAACUUUAUUUUUCAAAACAAAUAAUGUCCCCAAAAAUAUUUUUAGAUUUGUACCUUUUUCAAGAUUGAAUGCUGAAAGCAGAAGAAUCUGUGGUAUUUAGAAUUGUUCCAGUGCCUUCCUUAGCUUGAUUGUACUAUGUGUCUGUGUUCCUCUGCCUCGCGCGUGUCUGUCUGACUGCCCACAAGGUCGGCAUGAAGCGGUUCCAAAUGAUCGUUCAAGUCCUGUUCGCAUGAAUGUAAGAAUAAUGAUGCCAGCCUUAUAUGGUAAUUAGUCUUCCCAAAACCAAAAACAUUGAGUGAAAUGUCCUGUCAAUUUAUUUAUGUUUUCAUAUAUAAUAUUUUUUUCCAUAGCCGGUGAUGUUAUAGCAGUUAAUGAAGGACCGUUAAGUUGUUUGGUUAUGUCCUAAUCAUUUACUGACCCUUAGCCAGUCUUGACCGUGUUCUAAUCUUGUUCCAAUCCUAUUCUAACCAUGUCCUUGCAAGAUGGUCCUGGAGGGUUUUCAGUCCUCUAACAUGUCAUUAAGACUUUAAAGCUCAUUGACUUGCUAAUAAUCUUGUAUCAAAGGUUAGUUGCUAACUUUGAAAGAAUGAUGGAAACCCUCUGGACCUCAAGGACUAUACUGGAGUUGUGCAGCACACCUACAAGUCUUUGUAAGAGAUACUGAAUCCCUAUUUUGUCAAACAGUGUUCUCGAAACAGACCCAGAAAAUACAUCUUACUGGCUGUUGUCGACUUGGCCAAUAGAGCAGUGUGUUCCUGAAUGCAGCCUGCCAGAAUGUCUUACUGAUAAAUAGGGCCGGAAGGACACCAGUAUCACUAUUUUUUCCGUUGCAAAAAUGAAAACCCAAAGCAGGCUAACUCUUUAAAAACCUACUGUAUGUUAAAUAUUGUUUGCUAUAACUCCUGAGUGGCGCAGCGGUCUAAGGCACUGCAUCUCAGUGCUAGAGGUGUCACUACAUACAGCCUGGAUUCGAACCAGGGCGUAUCACAACAGGCCGUGAUUGAGAGUCCCAUAGGGCGGCGCACAAUUGGCCCAGCGUCGUCUGUGUUUGGCGGUUGUAGGCCGUCAUUGUAAAUAAGAAUUUGUUCAUAACUGACUUGCCUAGUUAAAUAAAGGUAAAUUUAAAUAAAUAAAUAGCUUGGAAAAUAUAUACAUUUGACUGUAGAUGGCAUCAUAAUGAUGUUUGUUUCUGACAUUAGGACUGUUUUCCUGAAGAAUUGAAUCCCGCUUCGUGCUUUGUUUCCCUGCCACGAUACUGACGAGUAUAUACUGGUAUCGUCCUGGCCCUACUGAUAAAGACAAGCUUCUUGUGAUUAUUCAUCUAUCUUAUUGACAUACAUGUUGAUCUUAAUGCAGUUCAGUGGUGAUAUGCCAUCUUUGAACUUUGUCAAAUGUAUAGGGCUUUUCAAUGUUGACUUGUUUAAAAACAGAAGUUUGAGGCAAAGUGUAUUGGUACUGUCCUGAACUACAUUGGCUGGCAAGUUUGCAAUGCCAAAAAUAGUUUAGUCACAACUACCUACUAAAGAAGCUGACAAAUUGUACAAAGCCAAUGGGGUUAUCAAGUGGGCGAGGGGGCCAAAUGCACAGUACUGGGGAUCUAAUGUACGGACAAAUCCACACAACAGACAACGUACUGAUUACCAUGAAUGUGAAAAUGGUCUCUAAUGAUCCUCGAUACACUUGUGCAUUAAAAUGAUUUUGUGUUACCAUUCCAACAGCACAACAUGUUUUCUCCUGAAGUAGAGCUGGUUCGAGUAAGAAAUUACCUCAGUUCAGCUGUCUGACUGGAGAGACUGAACUGAUUAUAACAUGGCACUUUCUGUUAUGAAAAUGCAGCAUGGCCCAGUUUAAUAGAACUGAAUGGUGAGACAGGACAGGUUAAUAUAAUGGACCUCAAUUGUAUUUAUUCUUUAAAAAGAGCUCUAGCCUCUAAUCAUUGUUGUACAUUUUUACGUCAUGUUUUUUUUGUGUCCUAAAGAGUAGCAGUACUAAAUCGAUAAUGAUGACAUAAUUUGAAUGCUGAAUUGAUGUGCUAUUUCUUCUAUUGAUGAAUGUUUUGACAAAUUGUAAUUUGGCCUCUUAGCUUGAGGAGGAGGAGGCAGCGGUGGUUGUCCUCUAAAGAAAAGGUUGGGAUACCUUCGUUCAAGGGGUAUAAGGUCGUAUGUUUAUGGCUAUAUUAAAAGUGCAUAAACUGUAAUGAGUUUAGCAUGUACCCAUGUGAGACGAAAUGCUGUUCUCAUUGACAGCUGCGGCUAUGUCAAAAAUGUAUGAAUGUGAAUGGUAGAUCAGAUGUCUCUAUAUAGGCUUAUUGAUGUAAACCUCUCAAGCCAUCUACAGCUGUAACAUGAGAGGAGUUUGCGGAUAUUCCCCUUGAGCCCCUUCAAUCCAGACAUUUCUCUCUUAAAAAGGAAGCCAGUAGUGGUGGAAUGUUUGAACCAUUUCUGAAAUCCUUCGACGUUUGAUUAUUAAGGCCAUAUUUUGACUUGAAGUGCACACGCCUAACUUAAACCAGGCAGUGAAAGUCGGAAUAUGUGCCUUGAUAAAUAUAUAUAUAUAUAUAUAUAUAUAUACAUACAUACA